AGAGCACAGAUCCUGGCAAAGAGAUCUGUGAAGAAGGUCUGGGCCAUGUUCUUCACGGUGAGAUAUGGAGCUGAUUGCCAAGCAAUUUUCAAUUUGCACUGCCGGAUCCUGAACCUCACCGCGCACCUGAAGAGGAAGUGCCAGUGCAGGCCAGAAGAUUGCAUUGACCUUCUGGAUGAAGCAGGGAUCCUGAUGAACCUGAGUGAGGUGGAAAAUCCUGCAUCUGAACUGGCCAGUAAAUACCUCCAGGAAAGGCAGUGCUAUAUCCUCAUCAGAGUAAUCCGAGGAGAUCAUUCUGAACCUAUCUACUAUGAAUCCUUGCUGGAAAACCUGGGAAAAUACCACCCUGAGCUACCAGAACGACUGCACAAGUUGUCAGUGAACCCUCAGCUGAAAGACAGCGGGAGGAAGAGUUCUAUACAGAGAAAGAUUCGACCCCUCAAGGAACCCCUUGUGGCCUCCCCAGCCAGGUUCAGAAGCACCCCACAGAGUAAGAAGGGCUCUGCUGUACCAGGGACACACAGAUAAGCUAUGUUCCCUGCAGGAACAAGGGCUGGGGCAGUCUCAUCGCAUUUGGAAGAGACCCUAUGCAGGAAGAAAGUGAAGUACUGUUGGUGAGCAGAGUCAGCCUGCAGAGUUAGAGGUGAAAGCUCAUCAGCC